AUGGACAAAGAACGUCUUAUUGAAGAUGCUCGCCUUUUGGAUUGGACCGCUGUGGAAAAUGCCUCUACGGUCGAUACAAAGGUUGAGUUGUUUAACUCUUUUCUCAUACAACUAUAUGACGUUCAUGCACCAGUAAAACCAAUAAAGAUGAUGCACUCACCUGCGCCAUGGCUGACCGAUGACCUUAAACAUCUUAUUAUCAAAAAAGGCUUCGCGAAAAGCAAACUCAAGGCUGAAAGAUCUGACAAAAAUCUGCGAAACUACAAAAAAGUUAGGAAUCGCUGCAAUACAUUGUGUAGGGAUGCACAACGACGCCACAUUCAUAAAUCAGUCGAAAACGGCGACACUGCCAAGGUUUGGAAAUUUCUUCAAUCACUUGGAGUUGGCAAAGCAUCUUCUAGCUCAUUUCAGCAUAAUUUUGAUAUUGAACUCCUUAACCAACAUUUUACUUCUUCUAGUACAAUAGACAGCUCAGAUAAAGAACGCACUCUGAGUAUUCUUUCUUCAACGCCAACUCCUAAUUUCCCACCGUUUAAGUUCACUCCUUUCACUGACUGUGAUGUUAAAAAGAACAUAUUGUCCAUCUCGUCUAAAGCCGUGGGUGAUGACAGUGUUAGUCGUAACAUGAUCUUACCAAUCCUUGAAUUUGUUACUCCCAUUCUCACCCAUAUCCUGAAUAAAUCUAUCUCCACGUCUAAAUUCCCCGAAGCUUGGAAAAGCGCACAAGUAAUUCCUCUCCCUAAGAAGGCCCAAGCCUCACAUUUUACCGACUUUCGCCCAAUUUCCAUUCUUCCGUUUCUAUCUAAAGUCCUAGAGAAACUAGUUUUUCAACAAUUAUGUCAAUAUCUAGAUAGAAAUUCCCUUUUAAAUCCUGUUCAAUCCGGUUUCCGGUCAGGUCAUAGUACGACUACAGCUCUGGUUAAAGUUACUGACGAUAUUCGACGAGGUAUGGAUAAUAAACAGCUCACUGUGUUGGUAUUAUUAGAUUUUAGCAAUGCCUUCAAUACCGUAGAUUUUGAUAUCUUGUUGAGCCUGUUACGUUCCAUUAACAUAUCUCCAUCAGUGGUUGGAUGGUUUCAAAGUUAUCUUAGGGGCCGCCGGCAGCGUAUUCGCGUUGAAGAUAAAUUUUCAUCUUGGUGUGAACUACCAGCUGGAGUGCCUCAAGGUGGUGUGUUGUCUCCUUUACUCUUUGCUAUCUUCAUUAAUUCGAUCUGUCACAAAAUUUCUUCUCUCUAUCACAUGUAUGCAGACGAUCUUCAAGUGUAUACGCAGUCAACUCUUGAGAACCUGCCUACCGCUGUUUCUGCCAUCAAUGCUGACCUGGCGGCUAUUAGCGAAUGGAGUAAAUACUAUGGGCUUAAGGUUAAUCCUUGUAAGUCGCAGGCCAUUAUUGUUGGUGGUGCUGGGAUGAUUUCAAGAGUUGACUGGAAUAACUUUCCCUCGGUGGUAUUGAAUGGUGUUGUAAUACCUUACAGUAGCACCGUUAAAAAUCUUGGUAUCCACUUCGAUACUACUUUCUCGUGGUCUCAUCAAUUGAAAGAAGUUAGCAGAAAGACUUUUGCUGCUAUGGGUUUAUUGCGGUGUUUACGUUCUUUCCUUCCCAUUCCUACUAAAAUUAUGUUAGCACAAUCUUUACUCCUCUCUAUUCUCGAUUAUGCGGGCGCAAGCUAUCUUGAUGUAACUGAAGAUCAACUAAACAAACUUGAGCGUAUUCAAAAUCUGGCUAUUAGGUUCAUAUUUGGCUUGCGCAAAUAUGACCAUGUCUCCGAAUUCCGUUUAAAGCUCAAGUGGUUACCCAUUCGCCUUCGCCGGAACCUACAAAUUGUUUCUCUUCUGUACUGUGUAUUAUUCGAUCCAAUGACUCCUAGCUAUCUAAAGGAAAACUUUAAGUUUCUUGGUCAUGACAGACCGGACAGAGUUCUACGGUCAGCCGGAGAACUUAUACUCGCACCACAUUCAUAUCGAACUAAAUACUUUAAAAACUCCUUCACAGUUAAGGCCAUCUGCUUAUGGAAUGAUCUUCCUUCGCAAAUUCGUCGUGCGAAAACACUAGAAAAGUUUAAGACUGACGUCAAAAAUUACUACCUAACAGUGCAUUAA